AUGUCCGACGCCAAAGACAGCCGUCCCUCGUCUGGACGCAAAUCCUUUGGAUCGCAGCCAGAGGCGAGCCCCAAAGCCAAGGGCAGCCAACCCCCCAAACAGAAGAGGGAUGUAAAGGCCCAGCCCAAGCCCAAUCGACACCUUCAAGCGUCCAAGAAAUACGAUCGAAACCCAACGCCCCACGCCCUCCCGCUCAAGAAUAUCGAAGAUCGCAAGCUGAAGGGUACGCUCAAGAAGACUUUCAAGCGAUUCGAAGAUGCGUCAAUCAAAGCUGCUCAGUCCGAGCUGCUGCUGCCAGAGGAGGCUGGCUACCUCGAGGCCGAAGGGAUGGAGCGAACCUUCAAGUUCACACAGGACGAGAUCUCCAAGCACGUAGACAUCAACACCUCUGCAAAGAUGUUUGAUUUGCAGCUCCCCGACUUUGGCCCCUAUGCUAUGGACUACACUCGCAACGGCCGACACAUUUUAAUCGGAGGCCGAAAAGGCCAUGUGGCCACCUUUGAUUGGAAAACAGGACGUCUUGGCUGCGAACUUCAUUUGAAAGAAACCGUUCGGGACGUCAAGUGGCUUCACAACGAGACCAUGUUUGCUGUGGCUCAGAAAAAGUACACAUACAUCUAUGACAACACCGGCCUCGAAAUCCACUGUCUGCGCAAGCACAUCGACGUCAACAAGCUCGAUUUCUUGCCGUACCACUUUCUAUUGGUGUCGGUGGGAACCCCGGGCUGGAUUCUGUAUCAGGAUACUUCGACUGGCAAGCUCGUGGCUGAAUGGCGGACUAAGCUCGGGCCUUGCAAUGCCCUGGCGCAAAAUCCGUACAACGGAAUCAUGACUCUGGGUCACUCAAAUGGCACUGUGACGAUGUGGUCGCCGACGAUGAGCGAACCUUUGGUCAAGAUGCUGUGCCAUAAGGGCCCGGUUCAAGCAAUUGCAGUCGAUCGCGGCGGAUACUAUAUGGCCACCUCUGGCCUGGAUGGACAAAUGAAGAUCUGGGAUAUUCGGACAUACAAGUGCCUAAACGAGUAUUUUACAGCCACGCCGGCAUCCACACUCAGCAUCAGUCAGAAGGGCUUGCUGGCUGUGGGCUACGGACCCAACAUCCAAGUCUGGAAAGACGCCUUUAUCACAAAGCAAAAGGCGCCGUACAUGACCCACUUGAUGCCAGGCUCGGUCGUCCAGGAUCUCAACUUUUGCCCAUAUGAAGAUGUGCUCGGUAUCGGACACAGCAGGGGCAUCUCGAGCAUCGUCAUUCCAGGAUCAGGCGAGCCCAACUUUGACACCUUCGAAGCAAACCCCUACCAAACAAAGAAGCAGCGACAAGAGUCGGAAGUCCACAGCCUGCUGGACAAGCUCCAGCCCGAGACCAUUGCCCUGAAUCCCAACUUGUCGGCGCCGUCGAUCGCGCCCCCAAAGAGGUCAUUGUGGAGGAGCAACGACUUGAGUACGAGGCCAACCAUCCCCAGGAGAAGUUCCAGCCCAAACUGA